AUGGGAUCGUGCUGUAUGAAUAAAAUAGAUAUGGAGACACUCAAUACUAAUUUAUCAAGUGAAGUAUCAAAGAAAAUAGUAAUUAACAGCCCAAUAGUGAAAAAUAUUAUUGGAAAAUAAUUAGAAAUAAUAGAAAUUCCAUCAUAUACUGUACUAGAUAGUGUUUUUGAAUACGAAGUGCUUGACAAUAAUGAAAGUGAAGAUUCUCAGUCAACGGAGAAAAAAAGAUCGAGAAAUGGAAAAGGAAUUUUGAAAUAAGUAACAGCGAAAUCUCAUGGGUCAGGUGGUAGUUCAGCAAGCAGCUCAAAAAAGGUCUCAUUUUGCAGGACUACAACCUUCUUUGAGAAAAAAUCAAGGAAAGGACUCAUGCUAUAAUCAUAAACUUUAUCUUGA